GGUCCUAUCUAGGAGUGUCCGAUCUGCCAGGGCUGGAGAGGAGAGGCAGGAGCAGCCCGCCUGAGUUCCUGGCUCUGUGGUACAGGUGAACAGGUAAUGAAAUCGUCUCUUUUAUCCUACUUGCCUGUGUCGUUUUGAUCCAUCAUGGAUAAUCUGUCGUCAGAAGAAAUUCAGCUAAGGGAUAACCAGGUUACCGAUGAGUCUCUGGAAAGUACAAGGAGAAUCCUGGGCUUAGCCAUAGAGUCUCAGGAUGCGGGAAUCAAGACUAUCACUAUACUGGAUGAGCAAGGGGAACAACUAAAUCACAUAGAAGAAUGCAUGGACCAAAUGAAUAAAGACAUGAGAGAGGCAGAGAAGACUUUAACAGAACUCAACAAGUGCUGUGGCCUUUGCGUCUGCCCUUGUAAUAGGACGAAGAACUUCGAGUCUGGAAAGAACUAUAAGGCAACAUGGGGAGAUGGUGGAGACAACUCACCUAGCAAUGUAGUAUCUAAGCAACCAGGACGGGUAACAAAUGGUCAGCCUCAGCAAGCCACAGGAACAGCCAGCGGUGGAUACAUUAAACGUAUAACUAAUGAUGCCAGAGAAGAUGAGAUGGAAGAGAACCUGACUCAAGUGGGCAGUAUUCUAGGCAAUCUAAAGAACAUGGCUCUGGACAUGACUGAUGCUCAGAACCAGCAAAUACAGAGGAUCACAGAAAAGGCUGAUACCAACAAAGAUCGGAUUGACAUUGCGUUUAGAUAUGAAAAAGAAAACUUGUUUUGA